UGGUGAUGCACAGGAUAUAACAACAUAUGGUUAGAGUGAUACAUAGUGAUUAACUGUCUAUUCCUCUCUCAUUUCUCUACAUCAAAUAGUUGCGGUGCAUUUAGGAGGACUGUGCUAUCCCAGGGUUCUCCUUGAUGCUGUACACUUUAGCAGGAGGGGGUACACUCUGUGGGGUGGCCGCCCUCGUGCUCCUCAUCGUCUCCACGGCGACCGACUUCUGGAUGCAGUACCGCUACUCGGGAGCGUCGGCCAAUCAGGGCCUCUGGAGGUUUUGCAUCAAUCACAAGUGCCACGCCCACACCAUCACUGUGGCCUUCUGGGAUGCGACAAGGGCCUUCAUGCUGCUGUCUGUGCUGAGCUGCUUUGCUGGCGUAUUGCUGGGCCUGAGUGCCUUCGCCAACGGCACCAAGAGCAGGAGGGUCCGGACUGAGGGCUUCGCUCUGCUCCUGUCAGGUUUCCUAGCUCUGUUAGCUCUGGCCAUCUACACUGGCGUGACGGUCAACUUCUUUGGCAAGCGCUUCCUUGAUUGGCGCUUCUCCUGGUCCUACAUCGUAGCUUGGGUGGCCAUCAUCUUAUCUUUCGCUGCUGGUGGGUUCCAACUCUGUGCCUAUCAGAAGAACAUUGCCGAACUGCCUCCUACCAAUGUUCAAGAAAGCUAAAUGGAAGUAAUCUUUUACCUGCACACUAAAGAAACAGCUACCAACCACUCGUCUUUACUAUUGUCACAGAUAGCAA